UUGUUUACUGUACUCGUUAUGUUAGGUUAGACAAGAUUAGACAUUGGACAGUCAGCCGCAUCAACAUUAUAAUUCGGCUGCGUCAGCCACAUCCUUCUAUACCUUAUACCACCAGGAUGCGAUUCUUCAAAUCGUUUCGGCUACUGCAUCGUCGUACAAGGUCUGAAGGCGACGUGUCCCGCAUGGUUUCACCUCCAGCAUCGUCGACUGGGUCAUCUUACUCAGGAGAAUUUCUGCAGAUGCAAUACGCCAGGCCUACAUCGCCUAACCCAAUCAGCGGUUUAGCGGCCCCGGUGUUCGUGUCCCUCGGGUCAUCCCUGCCUUCGUUCGACCCUGCUCAGCUUUAUCAACCCCGGCCAACACAUCUCCUGGACACGUACACAAACAACUGCAUUCACCCGACCGAUUGCGAUAUUUUCCGCCUCCGUCAGGCCAACGCCGACCUCGCAGCCGACCUUGCCGACGUCACCAACGAUCUCUCGCAGACCCGUAACAAGCUCUAUACCGAGAUGACCAAACUUGCCCGCUUCCAGCACCAGCUUGCGCGUGGUAUGGACCACAUCCAGAAGCUUGAAACACGCUUUCAGCGCCUCGCUGGUCUUCUCGUCGACAUUGGCAUCCCGUACUUCACCGUUCAGCGGAUAUCCGAUGCAUUGGAUUCUGAUCUCGGCACUGUAGACCAUAUGUUGGUCGAUGCCAUAGGUGACGCUGUUCACGAUCCAGAAGCGCUUCUCUCAAGCUUGAAGCCCGCGGUCGUUGGUCAGCCUGUACCAGAACACUAUCAAUCUGCAUUGCAUAUGACUCUCAGCGUGAGGCGCAAAGUCCGUGCUCAAAAGAAGGUCUCCAAGUUCUGGAAACGCCUUGCUCAGGAGGAUAACCGCUAUGCAGAUACCGUCACCCCGUCCUCGUCCGACAUAUCCUCUGUCCGUGAGCCGCUCAGUCCUGCCCGUCAACACGCUGUCGACGCCCUCAUUACUCGCAGACGGGAGGCAAAUGCAAGCUCUGCUAGACAUAUAUUUGGCGGGCCCUCUAUGCAAGGUGGUUUGGUUCUCCCUGGCUCUGCCUCUGGUGUUGGAUCUGCGGCAACCUCUGCAUCUGGCUCGACUGUACAGUUGCAACGCCUUGCAAAUACUCCGUCUUCGAGUGCACGUUUUUCAAUCUCUGAGCUACGCCGACGCUCGACUCCCGUGGUUUUGGGUGACAUCGAUCUCAACGUCUCCCAAUCGUCGGACGAACCUUUCGAAGCGGAGACUGAGCCAGAGGAUUCGCAACAGGGUGAAUAUGAAGACCAGGACGCACGCCCAACGGUAACUCUCAGCCAAGAUCUCAUCCAGAAUUUGAAUCGCGUUGCCCUUGGACGCGGACACCGCCGCAACUCCUCAGCCAUGUCAGGGUCAAGCAUUCCAUCCCGCCUCUCCGGUUCCACUUCUGCCUUUCCCUCUCUUAGUGCCUCGCUUGGCAUACCCACAUCCGCUUGUGACCUUAGCUCCGACACGCCGUUCGAUAAUUCCGCAUUCCAUAAUCUCCUUUAUGGGACCGACAGCACUCAUGCGGGCCCGGACGUGCGCAGAUGCUCCAAUACAUGUACCAGGAGAAACUCGCGCUUCCUCGAGCAUAUCAACGAAUACUCGACCGGAUCCCUUACUAUCCUUGACUUUGCCGAUCCUUUGGGACUCAUGGACUCCACUGCUUCACUUGCGGUACUCAACACCACUGCUUCCACCACCGCGACGUCCCCGGGGUUCUUCGGCCUCAGCGGGGAAAGCAAGGACUCGCUGUUCAUGUCUACCCUGACGCCCACGACAGGACCGACCACGCCGAGUAAGACGCCACCUACCGGAAGCAGUACACCUUCAUCCAGUGGGAGCAAGCUGCCCGUUCUGAGACACUUGCGUAGCCCUGAUGGCUUCAUGCGCAACCCAGGGGGGAUCGUAAGGCGGUUGUCGCCGAGCCCUGAGAGCUUUGUACGAAAGCUUCGGAACUUGGGUUCUCGUGAGGGGAGUGAGAACGCAAGUCCUGAGAAGCCGUCUGGGAUUCCAAUUAUGCAGCGCCGGAUGACGAUCAGGGGGCGGGUGAGGAAGUGAGUGGUGGAAUUUAAAUUUCGAUCGAGUGCUAGUAUCUUUUCUUUUCUUCUCGCCGUUAAUUGUAAAUACUUGGGGGCCAGUUUUUUUUCCCUUUUCUUCGAUACUUACACUUGGUUGCAAGCCAUUCGU